AGUUACUCCUUAAUGUUAAUAUUCGACGGUUGUCUUUGGAGCGUUUGUGGAAGGGGAGAUUUACAUUUAUUAGUUUUUUUCACAAUUUUGUGUACUGUGCAAAACGCUCAAUUGGAUUUAAAAAAAUUUUAAUCAAUCAAUUAAAGUCUAAAUUAACCAAUGUGAAUAAGUUAUGCGUGUAUAUUGUGUUGAUAAGUUAAAAAAUUUUUGCAAUUUUCUAUGUUGUGCAUAGAAAUGAAAAUGCGCAACGGCGCGCGGCCGCGGUGUAUUUAAGUGUUAUUCAAGUUUUCUAAAUUGUGAAUUCAUUCAUUGAUCGAAUGUAGCCUACUAGUUUUUGUAAUAAAUUUUAUUCAAAUAUAGACUUGAGAAUAAAUCGAAAAAGAAAAAAAAAAUUAAAUUGUGCCUCUCCGUGAGAAUAGCUGAGGAAAAAACGAGUUCGCGUCACUACACAACUCCGAAAGGUGUGCGAUCUCCUUCCAUGGUGGGGAGCCGUUUUCGUAGUUUGUACCUCGCGGCCGCUAGUCGCCAGCAUCGUUCAGCAACACUUUUUCGACAGUCGGCGCUCGUCAAAAUGAAAAUGGCGGAAUUAACUAGUCACUAAGAGGAACAAUGCUCAUUUAAUGUCCAGUAGUUUUUUUGAUUGUUUGCAAAAACAAAAAAUUCCUUUCACGAUGCUUUACUUUCAAGUAGAUUCAAUAGUCUAGUGAUUAAUUUACAGUGUUUUUUGAUGAAAACAAAAAAAAAUUGUGUGUGUGUGGACUUUUCUGCUGAUCGAAACUGUAUAUCAUUAAAAGAAAGUUUUGUAUUUGUGUGUUUGACAUUUGGAAAAAAUUUGUCGUUUUUAUUUUCAUGAAAAUUUUCGAGUGUUUAAAAGUUAUUUAAAGUUUCGAUCGUUGAGAAUUGUCUCAUCUCGUCUGAACUCGAGAACACGGCUUCUCGGGGACGAGACGAGACAUGAAGUGACACGCCAGGUGGUAACUGUAUCGCCAAAUCGCUACGUUAUUCUUCAACUACAGGAAUAUAACACGUUAGGUUAGGCAAGAACAGCCUUCUUCAUGCCGAUGCCGGCCGAAUACCACGAGAGCCACGGUAACCACGAGAACGCCAAUUUCGCUCUCGGGUCCACGCAGCAGGACGCCAGCAACAUGACGGCCAACAUGUACCGGGUGGGAGAUUAUGUCUAUUUUGAGACAUCUUCCACGUCGCCUUAUCAAAUAAGGAGGAUAGAAGAAUUAAAUAAGACUGCCAGCGGAAAUGUGGAAGCAAAAGUGAUGUGCUUCUUUAGGCGGAGGGACUUACCAUCCACUCUGAUCAUGCUUGCAGAUAAGCAUCAAUGGAUGGAAGAAGGUGUAGUUGGAGCAGGAGGUGUUGCAGAACUGAGUUCGAAACAGAGACAUCAAAUGAAGCACAGAGAACUUUUCUUAUCCCGGCAAGUAGAGACGAUGCCCGCCACGCACAUAAGAGGCAAAUGCUGCGUAACACUAUUAAAUGAAACUGAAUCUUUAUUGAGUUAUCUCAAUAAGGACGAUUCAUUUUUCUAUUGUUUAGUUUUUGAUCCUGCUCAACGUACAUUACUCGCUGAUAAAGGUGAAAUUCGAGUGGGUAGUAGAUAUCAAGCAGACGGAAUCGCUCCGGUAUCACUUACACCUGCAGAGAAAGAAGUUGAUCCUCGUAGACUACAGGACUUAGAAACUUUAAUUUGGACUCCACGUCAUUCAUUAACAGAUCGUCAAAUUGAUCAGUUUCUUGUUGUCAGUCGAUCAGUAGGUACCUUCGCUAGAGCUCUAGACUGUUCUUCUUCAGUGAAACAACCCUCUUUGCACAUGUCAGCGGCAGCAGCAUCCAGGGAUAUCACAUUAUUUCAUGCAAUGGACACACUUCAUCGACAUAAUUAUGAUGUUGCAAAGGCCAUGUCAUCAUUAGUGCCAAGCUCGGGGCCGGUUUUAUGUAGAGACGAAAUGGAAGAAUGGAGUGCUUCGGAGGCAAACCUUUUUGAAGAAGCUCUUGAUAAAUACGGAAAGGACUUCUCCGAUAUCCGUCAAGAUUUUCUGCCGUGGAAAACACUGAAAAACGUGAUUGAGUACUAUUACAUGUGGAAAACGACUGAUCGCUACGUGCAACAGAAACGAGUUAAAGCUGUUGAGGCGGAGAGUAAAUUAAAGCAAGUUUAUAUUCCAAAUUAUAAUAAAAAUUCAGUUUCAACAAAUGCUCCAUCAUCUGCAACAGUUAUUUCUCUUGGAAAUAGUAAUAAUAAUAGCAACGGAAAAGCAACAAAUAUUCUUAAUGGCAGUAGCAAUGGAAAUUUGACAGGCGAUAGUGGCAUGUUAAUGGUGGGUGUAGGUGGAAAAUCAUGCGAAAGUUGUCAGUCAAUGCAGAGCACACAAUGGUAUGCUUGGGGUCCUUCUCAAAUGCAGUGUCGUCUUUGUCAAACCUGUUGGACUUACUGGAAGAAGUAUGGUGGAUUGAAGAUUCCUUCGCGAAUUGAUGACGCUGAUUUAGAGCGGAAAAGAGGAGGAGCUGGCUCGGAUGAAGAGGGUAAAGGAAUUAGCGGUGCUCACAGACCACAUCGAUGUACUAUUCCAUCAUGUGGAAAAGAAUUUAAAUUGAAAGCUCAUCUUAGUCGUCAUUACGCCAGCGCUCAUGGUGUCGAUUUGCGUGGAGCUGGAUCAGGUAGUGGUGGCGGUGGUGGUAACGGUGGCGGCGGCGGUUCUCCACGUCCUGUUAUGAAAACACGGUCUGCCUUUUAUUUGCGGACAUCGGCAUUAGCACGUGCAGCUCGUAGACUUUGUGCAGCACAAUUACGUACACGUCAUGCUGCGCGAGCUCCCCAUCAGCCUGUAAAUGCAGCGCCACUUAGACAUUUGUGUGCUUCACCGCAAUUAACGUCAAAAAGUUCAACUGAACUUCGAAUUUUAGCGAGAGCCGUUCGACCACGAUCCCGUCCUCGUGUCACUGACAUUGCGACUCGUCUAGGUGAUCAUCCAUCACCAAGACAACCUGGCGAGUGGGACUGGCUUGCUCUCACGUCACCAGCACAGCGCAAGCAACCGGAUCGUGUCUCGUUUCCAAGACCUCCAAAAGCACCAGAUGGUAGUUUGCUGUACGAAAGAAUACCCAACAAACCAGAAUUGGAUAGAUUGCCAUUAACACCUCCUCAACCGCAGCCAGCCAUGCAAAUUCAACAAACAAUUUUAAAACGCACAAGGCCUUUCGAUGAAAUUAAUGGUUCCGAUGGUAUUGCACUAAACGUAGGAAUACCUGGUGGACCACCACCAAAAAGAAUUCACCAUUCGCAGACGUUACACGCAAAACACUUGAUCGAGCAUGCGACUCCAACGACAUUGUCCGUUGUGCCACCUCUAAAUGGACGAGCUGCACACGCCCACGCUAUACCUCAUGACCCACCUCUCUCUAGAAGUAAUGCUCGGAAACAAGUAAUUUCGUGGAUGGAUGCUCCAGAUGAUGUUUAUUUCAGAGCCACCGAUCAGACAAAAAGACUUCGAAGAACACUGUCCUCCAUUGAGAUACGAAGAGCAGCACGAAAACCAUGGCGUAGAUUGUCGGCUCCUGUUCAUGUUACUCAUUCUCAAAGAUCAGUUCGAGGCGAAGAUAUGGUGGUUAUUCUCGACUGAAUAAUUAAUUAUAAUUAAAUAGAAAAUAGUAAGGGGAAUGUGAGAAUACGUCAAAGUAAUAGUGAAUAAAUGAAGAAUUUUAAAAAGCAUAAGGAUAAUAUUAUGCAGGAGAAUAAUAAAACUAUUUGUUAUCUAAUAUCACUAUUAGAUAACAAAUAGUUUUAUUAUUUGAAGUGUAUUCUGGCGAUGAAUAUAAGAAAAUUUUGAGAAAUCGUAAACUUUUUCUGAAUAUUUCUUUAGCUGUUAACGAAUGAAUAAGAUAAAGACUCUUUUGAAAUUUCAUGUUAAUCCAACUUAAUGAAUUGAAGCAUUCAUCUUAAAUUAUAAUUUUCUAUUGGUAUUAAUUAUUCUUGUUAAUAAUAAUUAUUAGAAAAUGAAUGUACAUAUACAUAAUUGCAUACAUACUUCUCCAAAACAAUUUAAUUCAUAAACGCAUAGCCCAAGUAACAACACAAAAACGCGUCCUUUCGAAGUUAAGUCAAUUCUUAAAAUUGAUUGAAAACUUUUAAGUGUCAAUGACUUAUGCGAAAGUCACCAUUCGUUUUACAGAACGAAAGGAAUGAGUGUAUGAAAUAUAUGAAAAGAAUGUUGAACGAAUGAAGGUAAUAUGUGUGAAAGUAAAAAAAUUAUCGUGAAUGUAAUAAAAGAGUGUUUGCAAGAGAUUGUAAGGGUCAGAAAGAGUGCUCACUGUGAAUAUUUUUAUUAAAUUUUCAAGUAUGAUGACUUCCGUCUAAAUAAUUAUUAAAUAAAUAUAAACGUGAAUAAGAAAA